AUGUCUUCUUCGACUUGCAAGCAGAACCACACUCGCGCGGAGAUUGAUACCAACAAAGCUAUCACGGCGUCCAAGAAGGCGGAGAAGGCCCAAAAGGCCACGCAGAAGUUGGAGGCUCAAAGGCAGAAGUGGUCUGCCAAGGAGUCCCGCACGGUGUGGAACUCCAACGGUGCUGGCCGGUGGCAGGUCCGGAUACUUGAGCAGUGUGAUCAAAACAAGAAGCGGUGA